AUGGCGUUUCGCCAAAUUUUGGAUGAAAUUUUGACAGAGAUCGGAGAUGGAGAUAUAUACGACUAUACUGAUUUCUACAAACAACCCGGCUUCAAUCACCCUUUUUGGAAGAAUACUAUAUUUGAGAUGAAACAAAAAUUGUUUGUAAAAGGAAUGAGAACCAGAGACAUUGGGUUUAAAGGCGUAGGGUGUCCUUAUGGAACAGUUCCAAUUAGAAGAGUCAAUAAAGAUGAAUUGGUAAGAGCCAAAAUACUUUCAAAGAUGCAUCCAUCAAAUAUAGAUGAUGAACCUCGACAUCAUUAUGCCAUACUUCGAACAAAAGCUUAUCCCGAAAGAAAGCUUGAUGGAAUCGAAUCGUACAUUUCCUUAUUGAACCCAACAGGAAUCAUUGGACCCCAGUAUAGGGCAUUCCAGUUGACAAUUUCAAACGGUCUUGACAGCAUAAAAACAGGUAUCACGAUUGAUGGAAGAACACAAUGUUUUAGUCAAGAUUGUCCCGGAUAUGUACAAAUCAGUUUUGAGAUACCUCUAGGUUGGACCUUCGUUAAUCCAGAUGGAAAAAACUAUUCCGAAAAAUUGCGAAUCCGUAAGGAAAUAAGUGGCGAACCAAAUUCAACAGAAUUUCUUUGGACAUUGUACAUCACUGAGCGGAAUUCUAUAAUUGGAUUUUGGCCCCCAACACUAUUUGGAAAAUUAAGCGAGUAUGCCAAUCAAGCUGACUGGGGAGGAGAAGUUUAUAGUCCAUUGGACCAGCCUAGUCCCCCAAUGGGCACUGGUAUUCUUCCACAUACAGAGUCUUGGAACACAGUUUAUUCAGCUCAUAGCUGGUGGAUUGCAUGUGCAUAUGAGAAUGAAAAAUUUCAUUUUGUUAGCCCAAUUGAUACUGAGUUGUAUGCAUCUGAUCCACAGACAUACAAUAUUGUAGAUGCUGGAUAUCAUGAUGAAAAUUGGAAACGUUUUGUUGUAUAUGAUGGUCCUGGUAAAAUCAAAGGAGCUUGA